AUGGCUCUGAACGGGCUCACUCAGUUGAACAUUCUGGAUGAAGGGCUUGUUGAACUUGGGCCUGGCAAUCUCUGGGAGAAGGCCUGCAACGCUCUUGGAGGGGUCGGAAGAUACAUGAUCGGCGGCCGGAUGAAGUCAAUCGGAGUGCCAGGUUUGUCCUCGAUUGGUGGAGUACACUGGUUCUCCAACAAAUACGGAGACGCCGUGGACAACGUCAUGAGCUAUGAUGUGGUCCUCGGCAGCGGCCUUCAGGUUGUGGCAUAUUGGCAUCUAUCUGCCGCACCAUUACUAAUGAGUCAGCUCACUUGCCAAAGCCGAGGAGCCGGGCGACCCGUGUACGCAGAAACAGGGCCGAUGUUAGUCACCAAGCUCAUGGCCAGCAGCCCCGUCAAGAACCACGUCAUCCAGCUGAAGGAGGUUCUGUUUCAGAAACGCCAAAGAAAGAGUUCGAUUACGGCGCUUCCUCCACGGUCGUCAUAG